AUGCCGCAGCUGGUACCUGGGGGCAGCCCCCCGGACUACAGCGCCGUCUUCGCGGCUGACUCCUUCGACCUGUCCCUCCUCCCCGCCUCCCCGCCGGUCAAGGAAGAGCCCUGGGAGGAGGAAGAGGAUCACAAACUCCUGAGGCAAGUCCUCAAGGACACCUCCUUUCAACGAAAGUACAACCUCAUCCCGGUCCCCGUCGGAGAGCUAGGGACGGGAUUCGCGAUGGAAGAAGAAGUCGGGAUGGACCUUCCGCAAGAAGAAAUAGAACCAAUGUUGUCGCUGGCGAUGGAGCAGCUGAAAUCCGAAGUCCACAGUACCUGCGCAGUCCUUGGUAUCUCAAGAGAUCCUAGUAAUUGGACGACGGAGGAGGUAGGGACUUGGUUGGCCUGGAAUUCGGCGCAGUACGGCCUGCCUGGAGAUCGCCUCCAGUUCUUCAGGAUGCCUGGGCAAUCUCUCACCGCCCUCACCGAAGAGGACUUCCAGCAGAGGGCACCAGAGUUUGGGAGCUUGCUGUACGCCCAGCUCGAACUGUGGAGGGCUGCCAGCGUUGAAGAAACGACGGUUGAUGUCAGCGGACUCUUACAAGAAACGACCACAACGCGCUCUGGGUCUUCUUCUGGCGAACCCUCAGAUGAUGAGGAGGACGAAGAAAUGGGCGACAGCAGCCAGAACUCGCCUAAGAGUAGCUCUAGCCGCAGUGGCGGUGGCGGAGGUUCGCACAUCCACCUCUGGCAGUUCCUGAAGGAGUUGCUGGCCUCUCCUUCGGUAUACGGUUCCUGUAUCCGCUGGGUCGACCGACAGAACGGGGUCUUCAAGAUCGAGGACUCGGUCAGGGUGGCCAGGCUCUGGGGCAAGAGGAAGAACAGGCCGGCCAUGAACUACGACAAGCUCUCGAGGUCCAUCAGGCAAUAUUACAAGAAGGGCAUCAUGAAGAAGACCGAACGGUCUCAGCGUUUGGUCUACCAGUUCUGCCACCCUUACAGCCUGUAG